AUGGAGCUCGCGCGAGAGCUGGCGCCAGGUGCGAUGCUGCCGUCCGCGUUCAGUAGGAGCAACGACUGCGAGAUCGUGCGACGCUGGAUGGAGAUGGUACUGGGCGAUAAGGUGCUGAGCGACGUUCCCGCCGCGCUGCAGUCGGGCCAAGUGCUCUGUGAUCUGGUCAAGAAACUGUACCAGGCGCUCGGGAUGAAGAGCCACGUGCGGUCGUGCGAUGGAGACGACGUGGACGCGCUGAGCAAAGUGCUCGAGUACUUGAGAGCUUGCGAAGGGCUUGGGGUUGCACGGCAGGAUCUAUUUGAGCCAGAUGAUCUGCUCGAGCAAGAGGACCUGGCGAAAGUGUACAGGAGUAUCCUUGCGUUGCAGGCAGUGGCGGUCUCGCUGUCGAACCGCCGCUCGAUUGAUGAGCGGAGCUCUAUGAUCGAACGUUCGGACUGGUGUCCGAUGUUGGUGCAUGACGCUUCUGUGAAUGACGACGAAUACAAUCUGGAUACCUGCGAUCGGAACUUGGAUUCGCAUCAUUCCGUGCAUUCGCUCCAGCAGUCGCGAUGGCAGCGGUUGUUAUGCAAGUAUGAGAACCAGCAGCAGCAGAAGGAAGAAGGAGAUUGUGGUGGCGAAUCUUCUGCGUGUGAAGGGAUGGGACCGCUCGCACACGGCAUAUGGCGAACAGAGGAGCACAUUCGGGCAAUAUUAUUACGUGAGGAUACGGAUUACGGUGCAGUGCCGGAUGCUUUGCAUGGCAAGCUGUGGAUGCUCGCGUCAGGUGCUCAACUGGAAAUGCGGAGAAACAAGGGCCUGUAUGAGCGAUUAUUGGUCUCGAGCUCAGAGGUCACCGAGGCCACGCGUCAGAUAGACGUGGAUUUGCAUCGCACUGUGUCUGAUGAAGACAAGGAAUGGUGGAGUGACGAAAAAUCAGGGAUGAUGCGCCGAGUGUUGGUCGCAUACUCGUUUUACAACCCAAGUCUGGGGUACUGUCAGGGUUUGAAUUAUAUUGUUGCACGAAUUUUGCAAUACCUUGACGAAGAAGAAGCUUUUUAUUUGCUGAUUGCAAUCAUCCGGCUUGUCCCGGAUGACUACUACACGACAAUGCUAGGACUGGCUGUGGAUCAACACGUCUUUGCGGACCUCGUGCGUCUCCAAUACCCGGAAGUUUCUGAUCACCUGGCGAAACUCGGGGGCUCGGGAAUGGAGUUGUCCCUUGCAUGCACAGAGUGGUUCCUGACACUCUUUGCCAGUCCGUGCGACAGGGAUGUGACGUUCCGAAUUUGGGAUGCUAUUUUCCUUCAGGGCGAUGAGGUCCUCUUUCGGGCAGCGUUGGCGCUGCUGCAGCAAGCAAAGUCUGAGCUUGUUGCAUGCAAUAAUUAUGGGGACAUGCUGAAGCAAUUGAACGAGCUUGGCCGAAGUACAAUCAAUGCCGCAGAGUUGAUGAAAUUAUCGAAAUCGCAAGAUUGCAUAAUUUGUGGCCGAGUCGAAGACUUUCGAGCCCAUCAUCGUCUGCAACUAGCAUCAGGCAUUGUCGCUUCGACGGUCGACACAGAAGACGGGCAGAGCUCAUCGACAGGUCGACGGAGCUCGGAGUCCAGGCCGGAGCCACGACUGAGGCUAUUUGGCCGCCGGAAGCAAGGCGUGCAUCGCCACGUGGACAAGGUUCUUCCUCGAUUGGCACGAACAUUCGAUCGAAACCUUACUGAUGAGUACACGGAGGCCAUUCGACGAGAUCACGUCAACUUCGCCGAGUAUUACACAGGAAUGCAGCUCCAGAUCCGCGAAGAUUAUUGUGUCGUAGGAGAUAGCCAUCUUGAGCGGAAAACCCGAAGUGCCCGCCGCGUUUCAGCGGAUGGGUUUGUUGUCAGCAACAAGCAGGAGAACACAGGUUGCUGUGCAGAGCUGACAGAUCACGACAAAAGCCAAAAUGGUCCAGAUGGAGGUGAAUGUGGGGCCAAACUGACGCGCAGCCGCCGAAGCAAAAGCUCAGCAGCAAUGACUACAAGAAAAGUCCAAGAUGACUGCGCGACUAGCCCUCCAGCAGACCCGACGGUAAAAGAGAAUGACGAGGAGGUUCAGUUGGUCGGACGUUCACCGUUGGCAUGGAUUCAGCGCUUUGAGGAAUGGCACAAGGAUAUGAAAACACAAAAAGAGAAGAGGAAAGCAGAGAAGAAACGUCUGCGACGCAACCAGCGGUGUGAUAGCAUGUUCCCGGAAACGAUGAAUGGACAAACAGACCCAGAUAUUCAGCGGGCGCGCUGUGCCGUUGGCUCGUCGCCGGUUCCGCUUCACUCUCAGCCACGUGAAUGUGGCGACAUGGAAAUUUUCUCGCUUGGCGAUCGAAGGAGACCGAAUGAAUACAAGUGCCUACAAACAGAGAACGUCGUCGAACUGAAGAAGUCGUCCCUGCCACGCUCCUACUCGGACCUAUUCCAGCCUCCAGCUCAUGUAGCAGGACAGCGGCAAAACCAAACAGUGAUGGAAGCGACACGCGAUACUGCCAAGCAGGGAUUGGUUGUGCCACAGCAGUCGCCCAAGGACGAGAUUGAAGACGUUCUAGGAAAGGCUUUUGUUGACGAAACACGAAACCUGGCUAGAAGUGGAAAUGGCCGCGCGUUUCGUGGGCUAAGUGAUCAAAGCACCCUGUCGAGAAGCACGAAUUCGUGCGCGAACGCCGCCUCUUUUGUUAUGGAUUUUCAAGAGGAGAUGCAUGACGAAAUGAAGUCGAACCGUUGUCUUGGGGAGGAGAGCGUGAAGACAGGACAAGUGACCACAUUUGCACGAGGAAAACGACCAUUGGCGCAAGGGCUGCUUCUCUACUCUCCAGUGCACUGCCGGUCCAGCUCCAUGGACUUCGGGACGGAAGCAGCUGGCGAUUGUGUUCCGCCUCGGCUACGUCGCAUCGUGUCAGUUUCUUCAGUCGAGAACACUCCUCCUCAGCAAAAGUGCGCGCGCAAUCUCGAGCGCACCAACGACUGUACUCAAGCCAUGCGAGAGCGUGCGAAUGUUCUUCAGUAUAUGCACCACAAGGCAAGUGACGUGAGCAGUGUCGCUGGAAGUAUCCCGCGUAGUCCUGGCCGCAUCAGUGAAGGGUCAAGCAACUCGCCUCGAUUCGGCGACCAGUCGAGCAACAACCGAAGUGGCAAGUCGACGCAUUUCCGCAACGGGUCGUUCUCUUUCUUCGACAAGCUCUCAAGUGAUCUCGAGAAUAGUGCUCAUGGUUUGGACAGUCUGGUGAGUGAGGCUGAGUUUUCGGCUGAAAGUCUCAACCGCGGGUCCAUUUCUUCCGCAACAGCGGGUCGAUCAAGUACUGUGGACGAGCAACGGCCGAUGGGUGAAGCCAUCUCCAUCUCGUCGUAG